AUGGAACAGGAAGUCCCCACAGAACAGGGAGUCCCUAUAGAACAGGAAGUCCCUAUAGAACAGGAAGUCCCUAUGAAACAGGAAGUCCCCACAGAACAGGGAGUCUCCACAGAACAGGAAGAAGUCCCUAUAGAACAGGAAGUCCCUAUAGAACAGGAAGUUCCUAGAGAACAGGAAGUCCCUAUAGAACAGGAAGUCCCUAUAGAACAGGAAGUCCCCACAGAACAGGGAGUCCCUAUAGAACAGGAAGUCCCUAUAGAACAGGAAGUCCCUAUGAAACAGGAAGUCCCCACAGAACAGGGAGUCCCUAUAGAACAGGAAGUCCCUAUAGAACAGGGAGUCCCCAUAGAACAGGAAGUCCCCACAGAACAGGGAGUCUCCACAGAACAGGAAGAAGUCCCUAUAGAACAGGAAGUCCCUAUAGAACAGGAAGUUCCUAGAGAACAGGAAGUCCCUAUAGAACAGGAAGUCCCUAUAGAACAGGAAGUCCCCACAGAACAGGGAGUCCCUAUAGAACAGGAAGUCCCUAUAGAACAGGAAGUCCCUAUAGAACAUGAAGUCUCCACAGAACAGGGAGUCUCCACAGAACAGGAAGCCCCUAUUGGACAGGAAGUUCCAACAGAACAGGGAGUCCCCACAGAACAGGGAGUCUCCACAGAACAGGAAGUCCCCAUAGAACAGGGAGAAGUCCCUAUAGAACAGGAAGUCCCUAUAGAACAGGAAGUUCCUAGAGAACAGGAAGUCCCUAUAGAACAGGAAGUCCCUAUAGAACAGGAAGUCCCCACAGAACAGGGAGUCCCUAUAGAACAGGAAGUCCCUAUAGAACAGGAAGUCCCUAUAGAACAGGAAGUCUCCACAGAACAGGGAGUCUCCACAGAACAGGAAGCCCCUAUUGGACAGGAAGUUCCAACAGAACAGGGAGUCCCCACAGAACAGGGAGUCUCCACAGAACAGGAAGGAGUCUCUAUAGAACAGGAAGUCCCUAUAGAACAGGGAGUCACCACAGAACAGGAAGUCCCUAUAGAACAGGAAGUCCCCACAGAACAGGGAGUCCCUAUAGAACAGGGAGUCCCUAUAGAACAGGAAGUCCCUAUAGAACAGGGAGUCCCCAUAGAACAGGAAGUCCCCACAGAAGAGGGAGUCUCCACAGAACAGGAAGUCCCUAUAGAACAGGAAGUCCCUAUAGAACAGGAAGUCCCCACAGAACAGGGAGUCCCCACAGAACAGGGAGUCCCCACAGAACAGGGAGGCCCUAUAGAACAAGUCCCCACAGAACAGGAAGUCCCUAUAUAA